CUGUGAAAGAGGCAGGGAGCUACAGUAUCUGCUGCAGGAGGCGGAGAAAGAGGCGAGAUCCCAGGGAGAGAGGGCUUGGACCAUGGAUGCAGGGGCAGCCUCGAGGUGGAGAGGGAAGGUGUAGGGUCACGGAACAAGGGGGCAGGAUGCAGGGCUAGGGGCUAAGACUGGGAAUAGGUCGGAGGGGAAUAAAUAUUGGGGCUGGAGGUUUAUGGCGAAGCGUGCUUGGCAGGAUCCGUGGUAGAGGUUUAGGGGGGGGAAGCCCGGGUAGCUCAGGACCGGGGAGGACAGGUUUCGGGCUAGGGGCUGGAAAGAAGAGGGACAGGAAAUUUAGAGCCAGGCUAUCGGGGUGGGAUGUGACUGGGAAGCUGGGGCAACUGCUUGCAGGAGUUGUUAGGUAUAUUUUCUCCAUCUUUUCGUGCCUCGCUGAUUAACUUCCUGGAAGUGGCACCUCCAAAUCCCUUGCUUGCUGUUCCCCCGAUCUUCCACGCUGCCCGACAGAAAGUGGCGGACACACCUCGCGGUUACCACUCUUGCGUUAAAGAGUCAGCUGCAAGGGAGUAAAGGGGAGGGGUGGGAAAAACCGCUCACAGCUCUUCAGGAGGAGGUUUGACGUGCUCUGGAGGUAGGCAAGAGGCCUGGUCCACCCCAAGGGCUAUGGAACGGGUAGAGAUGAUCAACAUCCAGCGCCUUCUGGAGGCAGCUGAAUACCUGGAGCGUAGAGACAGAGAGUGUGAACAUGGUUAUGCCUCGACUUUCCCUUCCGUGCCGAGCCUUGGACUGCAGGUCCCAAAGCCACCGCAGAGGUUGAGCCGGGGAAGGAAGCAUAGCAGCGGAGGUAGCACAACAGGCACUGCUAACAGGUCUACGCACAACGAAUUAGAAAAGAACCGGUACCGUGAAGAUGUCGCAAUACUCUACCAAAAGGAAGAUGCAGAAGUGAGCUAUGAAAAAGAAGAAGUAAGACGAGCUCACCUCCGCCUGUGUCUGGAACGUUUAAAACUUCUGAUACCACUAGGACCUGACUGUACCAGACACACAACCCUCGGGCUGCUUAACAAAGCCAAAGCACAUAUCAAGAAACUUGAAGAGGCUGACAGGAGAAGCCAGCAUCUGCUUGAGAACCUGGAAAGAGAGCAAAGGUUCUUAAAGCGAAGGCUGGAGCAGCUGCAGGGCUCUCCGGACAUAGAGCGAAUACGAAUGGACAGCACUGGAUCAACAAUUUCUUCAGACCGCUCUGAUUCGGAGCGGGAGGAAAUUGAAGUGGAUGUGGAAAGCACAGAAUUCUCCCAUGGAGAUGUGGAUGAUAUCAGCACAACCAGUACGAGUGACAUUGAUGACCACAGCAGCUUGCAGAGCAUUGGGAGCGAUGAGGGUUACUCAAGUGCUAGCGUCAAGCUCUCCUUCACUUCCUAGAGCACGGUGCUAGGACAGAGCAGCUGAUUUCUUUGGGGCAAUUGAAGUUCACAUGGCAGAGCUCUUAAGAUACAGUAUUUUUCUUCUCCCAACUAUACUUCAACAGCUAUGCUUGGACAGACACAGCUCUAGGAUAACUCCAUAGGUCCACAGGAGGGUGGGAACCAAACAGGAGAGCCAACCAGUCUCUAUCAGUAGUCAUAGUCUAAAAUGCUGACUUUGGGUUGAACCCAUAGCUAUGUUGAGGGCUGAGGCAUACAGCACUCCCCUUGUAUAUAGCUGGACUGAGAUUUGCCCAUGUAAAACAGAUAGCUUUGAUCCAAGAUUAGGAUCUUGAUUCAGGCUCUGAUUCCUAAUUGGUCACAGUUCCUGAGAAGUUUAAAAAAAAAUCCUUCAAUCCUUAACAAUUUUGUUAAGGCCCUUCUGGUGCUAACAAUAAGCAAGAAAUACCUUGUCCAAUGAUAAUCUAGUCUGUAUGGGAUAGCCAUGUGUUGACCCGAAAUUAUGGGACUAAGUAGCCAAGGUGAUAAAGUUUUAUUGGAUCAGCCUCUUCCGAUGAGUUUGCACAAUAUUCUGAACUACAAAGCUCCAUUCUGCAGGCUCUUUAAAAUUUCAUCACUCAUUUUAAGCAUUUUUUUUCUUUAAGAGAAUGAUGAAGUUGGACAGUUUUUGUGUACUCUCACCAGCAGAAGCUAGUCCAAUCAAUGCCUUCUACCCACAGGGUUUCUCCAGCCAGUUUUGGUCAUUAUUACCCUAUGAAAUAAUAAUAGUGAAAAGCUCUGCUCACGCCCUGUGAAAGAGAGGUGCUGCAAACCUGGAUACAAUUCCCAUUCAGCUCAACUUUCCACUGGACGUUUUUUCAAGGCAAGAGCUUGUGCCGCAUGAUUUAGCACUAGAGUAUUGAGCUGUAAAGUACCAGCACACAGCGCAACUGCUCUCUGGAUUGAAUGGCUACAGCAUUAACUCCUUGUCUAGAAUGAUGCUGGUGAUACAGAGAGUCAGAGACAGACAGACAAGUCCAUAAAAGAAAUGAUGGUGUGCAGGAAAGGCGCAGCCUCCAUUCUGAGCCACAAUGACCUUUUUCUUUUGCAAAUUAUUUUGAUAAACGUUUGUAAAAGUUGUUUGGGUGAGAGAACCUACAUGCAACAAUGUCUUUUUAGAACUUGUAGGCAUGAUUCUGCAAAUGUCUUUUAUAAUUAACACCAAUGUAAAGGGACCUGUUUUUCUGCUGCCAUGCACAAAAGGAACAGGGACUCUCCUUGGGUUUUAUGGCUCUUCCUUUUGGUUUCCUUCUUUGGACUCCCUUUGCAAACUUUGCCACCUGGAUCCCACCAUAGUCAUGGGUCCAUAGCUUAGGUAGUACGUGAUUCACUGUAACAGUCUGCCAGCAUGGUUCUCCAGGGGAACCCUCCAGUUCCCCUGGACCAAGAACUGUUGCUGUUGUCUUGCUGUUAACAAGUUAAGAUUGUAUCAGAUGUUUUUAUCAUUUUUCUUUUGAAAUGAGCUUUCUAACCUGCACUUUGAGGUCUUUGCUUUUCCUUUAAGCUUUUUAACCACAAGGAUUCUUAUUAUUCUUCCUUUACCAAGUUUAAACUUUUUAAUAGACCUCAUUUAUGACACUUGUUUGAGACUUUUAAGUAAUUUGCCUACCCCCUAAUUACUAAGGGGAAAAAGAGAAAAAUACGAAAACAUGCUUUAUAAAACUCAUAACUUAUUGCUGAUUAUAAUUACUGUUGUUAAUUUCAGUCCUGUAGAGUUUUAAUUUUAUUAUUUUUAGAUAGGGCUGGGCAACAAAAAUAAAAAAGACAAAAUAAAAAAAACAAGGUAACCUCAUUUAGCAGUGCAGUGGAAUUGUGUUUAAAUGUUAGCAUAUGGUUCUGCUUAAUAGUAGCACUUUAACACCAUUAAACAUUUCUGUAUCUGAAAUGCACUGUGUUCUGCCAUUUUGGUCACUCAUGAGAGUUUAGAAUACCCAUGUUGUUUGUGCCUGGACAUUUUUCUUUUUUAAAGCCUUUUGGCCAUGUGAUUAGAUGACCCCAAUAACUUCUUAUGUAGAUCUUGUCUCAAUACUAAUAUGCUGCGCGUAUGUUUAAAACCAUUCACCCCAGAACUGUUACAGUGUCAUAUACUACAAGGCACAACUUUAGAACCUGUGACAUGAAAUAGAAGUCUAACCCUGCCAGGGUUGUUGUAUUUUCAUAGCUGGGGUUUUUGAUUUUUCUGUUUUCUUAAAGCCUGGAUCCACUGUUGUUAUACACCCAUCUCUCUCUGUGACUUAUAUAGGACACUCUGGUUCACUGCAUGUGGUAAUCUCUCCCUCUAGUGGCUGGAAUACAAGCUCAUUAGUUGUAGUUCAUGGGAGUCAAACUUUCAGCUGAACAAGUAGGAACGGUUUUUAAUGGUACUGGGAUUUGUUAAUUUGGCCCAUUAAUCUGCAUAUUUAAAGUAAUGGUGUCUCAGCAUGCUUUUGAUGAGAACUUAUGAGUAACAUUCCGAUACUGAGUUGUAUUGGCAGCCAUGACUGCAAUUUCCAAUUAUUGCAAUAUCAGCUCAUACAGCCAUUAUUUGGGUCUAUUUUUGUGUAUGGAGGGAGUUGUGUAUGCAGCAGAGCACAAGAGCGACUGUAUGUAAAAGAAUCUGAGUUCAUACUCUUGCAGCUCCUGUUAACAAUUUCAGGUAGGAGAGCUGGGAAACCUUUCACUCGAGAGCUUGGAAAGCUGCCUCCCAGGAUAGACAAUAUUGUGCUAUAUUGGAAGUUGCUUCCGUACUAUGCCAAGAUCAUGUAAAAGUGGCUAGUCUGGGUGGGGAUAAGAAGCGAUUACCUACACCAAGUUACAUAGGCAUUACAGUAUUCGCUCUAAAGACCUUGCAAUACUUAUACAAAAUCACACUGCCCUUGUCACCAAAAGGCCAGAACUUCUAUAUUUCUUUCAAACACUGAUUUAACAGAUCUUUGGCAUUCUGUUGUCAAAGAGGAAGAAAGGGGCUAAUCUGCAGUUAACACUGAGCAGCAUAUUCUGUAUUAAUCUAGUCAUAUUUUAUUGCCAGAAAGUAAACAAGGUUAUAAAUCACAUCUAGAAAAGUUUUCUCUUAAUGAAGCCAACUUCUUCAGUGAAAUACCAUUCUUGGAAUUUUCUCCUGUUCCUCACUAUAUUUGAUGCACAUAUAAAAAGUAUCUUAUCCCCCCCCCCCCCCCCAAAAAAAAAAAAAAAAAGAUUCCGGCUUGCUCUAUGCAUGCUUGCUCAGAAGACCUGUGUUUAAUGGGGCAUACUCCCAGGUAAAUAUGCAUUGGUUUGCAACCUUAAGGCCAAACCUGUGGCCUUGAAUGCAGGCUAUUGAUGAAGUUGAAUACAGUUUCACAUUUAAACAAAGCUUUUAAAAAAUUGCAACAGCCUCAGGUUAGGGCAGAGAAGAUGGUGUCUCAAAAUUACUGGAGGGACCAUUUCACCCUUCUCAUACUGCAAUCCUGACUUAAGUUCUCACCUUUUGCUUUGGAGAAAAAUCCCCCAUUAAUGCCAGUUCCAAAGUUGCUAAAACCUAGGUGUAUAUACCAUUUCAGAGAAGUAGCAUUGGCCUUUAUUGACUGGAAAAUGAAUUUUAAGAAAUAUAAAUGAUUGGUGCAGAGUAAGUGUUCUGCCCUAAUUUGCAAGACACACUUCAGAAAAAUGAGCCCAGCACAUUGUCAAAAAUGCGUUACUUCAGAUAUCUGUCAGCACUAAUGCUUGUGUAAAUAGUGCCUAGAGUGGGUCUAAAUUAUAACAGCAAAAUCAGAUGCAGGAGAUUCUUCUACUGGAUUUUAUUUUCUUGAUUUAACAUCUGAGAAGCAAACUUGCACCCCAAGAAAGCAUGAACACAUGAAGGUCAUUUAUGCUGAGUUGGAUGGAUGGUCCUCAUUCUAUCUCUUCUCCAUUUCUUAACCUUGUUUCAUGAGAGCAAUUUGGUUGGAAAUGUCAUGGACUUAGCUAGGAUGUUUUGUAUGCAAAUAAGACACCCAACUUUUGUGCUAUGGGCCCUGUUCCAAAUUCUUUUUAAAUAGAAUGGAAAAAUGGAAGCAGGAAAAUAAUUGAUGGCCACUUUUCAUUGUAUGAUGCCAUUGGUCUGCAUUUAAAUUUAACCUCGUUUUAUAUGAUGUGGUCUGUGUCUUAUGGCCUAGUGUAGCACUUCAAUCCUAGGCUACUAAGAGCUGUGCUUGUGGAAGUGGCUAAAAUAGGGGUAUUGGUUCAUCUUUAGUUAUCAGCCUUCAUGUAUGGAGCUAAAAGCUUUGUUCUGUUAGGGCUCAUAGCUAAUUGCUUAUUCAACACAACACUGGAAAGAGGGCAAGAUUGCUUAGGUGAAUUAAAGGGAAUAAAGCAAUUUUCAGAAGCAGAGACCAUUUAAGUGCUACAGGCCCUUGUCAGAUCAAACUGAUCUGGCAAACAAAUAACAACCAAUGGAAAGUAAGAAUAGUCAGUCACUUUUCUCCCAUCCUUGACAAUUGUAUAUUUGUCUCUUCCCCUUAUCCUACACUACACCUGUCAGUACACUACUGUUUACUGUAAACUUCUAAAUGAUGAUAAAACACUUUGUUCUGUCACAUCAACAUAUUCACUGGGAGAUUACAUUACACUGAAGAUAAAAUGAUCAACAUUUCAAGAAUAUUUCACUUUUCCUAGCUGUAGCCACGUUGCCAAGAUAAAUUCAACUGUACUUUCCUGAAGGAAACCACUAUUACUGCUUGGAAGGCUAAAUGAGGGAGGGAUUAUAUGAGGUGGGCUUAGAACUCCAGGUUUUUUUUUAAAGCAAACCUAAACAUUCUUUUAAUUGAAAAAGCAGAUGAUGGGGAUGGGGGAGUUGUACCCAUUUGAUUAUAAACAGCAAGAACACAAACAAUAGUAAAGGAGGCAUGAGUGACAGUUAAGUACUCAAGCUUAAGUUAUUAGCAGCUAGGAGUACCUCAUUCGAGAUCACUAUGCACUACUUUCUCAUAAUUCAGAUACCUCUAGCAUCCAUGUAUUUCCCUUAUGCAGCACUAGUUGUAGCACAAUAAAACUUAGACUUUCUUACUCAGCUACCACUGCACAUGGUAGGUCCUGUCUCCACGAAGGGAACAGGAUUAGAUAACAUCUCAGGGCCAAUUUACAUGAUCAUUGGACACAGUGGACAGUUUCCACUGCUGUCAUUCUGCAAACUCAGAAGUAGCAAACAUCCAUGAAAUCAUCCUGUUCCAUAAGCAUCUUGUGCUAGCCAAGCACAUGGUUCACACUCCUGAAAUGUGUUCAAGCUUCUUGCACAAGUAGGACUUAGUUGUUUUCCCUAGGUUCAGAUCCUAGUUUCUGCUAGAACAUCAUUGCUGCAUUACUGGAAUGACACAACUAUCUCCUUGCCAAAGGCUGUAAAAUAUUGCAUAUGCUUUUUCCAAUGGUCAGUCCCUGAACUUGUUAUCAAAGGAUCCAGUUGUAAGUAAUUGUUUCCAGAUCUUAUACUAAAAGUUAAAUCUUGCAUCUGGCAUUGGAGUUCAAGACUAGCUAGUAACUAGCUGAGAAGUCUGUGCAAGUAUUAUGUAUCAGCUCCCUUUCUACAUUUUAUACAUUUAUAACCAGACAGGAAGCAAAGACCAACAUGAAGUCUGAUGAUGUGCAAAGGCCUCUAAAAUGCUGCAUAAAAACUUUCAUCAAAUGGUCAUCGUAACAAAGUUGAUGUGGUAAAUGUCCUGCAGCAAAAAUGAACUUGGCAUAUAUGAGAAAAAGAAGCCUACAAUAGUUACAGCUGUUGUAGAAGAGAUGAAUAGCAGUAAAGUCAGUUACUGAACCUAAGAAUGAAAGGAUCAGUGCAGGCAACAUUUGGUAGAACAAAAAGACAUCAGCCAAAUAUUAGAAGCUUUAUAUAGUAGACAACUGCUCCUAACAUACAGUAUAAGCCCCAUUUGAAUAAAGUAGCUGUCAACUCAAAAUAAGCGAACACUUGGUGCAUAUAACUGCCUUAACCAUUAUUUCGAGAAAUUCACUCCAAAUGAUUAAGGUAGACUUUACAGAGAAAAUGUAUUUCUCUGGAGAAAACAGUGCAUUUGUUGGAAACUUUUGGUUCCCUUGUUUUACACAUGCUGACAUGCUAAAUACAUUAAGUUAACGUAUUUAACAUUUACAGCACAACAGCUGGUAUUUAAAAAAGAACCCUCCUUAUAUUUCCUUCAACCACCCUACUGUUAAUGCUAUAUAGCCCUUGAAUUUAAGCAGUCAGUCAUAGCAAACUGUGGUAUAAAACAAAUCCUGCUAGUGACAUUCAAGCCUAGCCAUGGCAGAAUGCAAAGGAAAUUAGAAUUUUCAGCACAACAUCUCUAUUUGGAAAUAACAUUUUUUUUUUUACCCCAAGUCUUCUGAAGCUUCUAUUCCUUUGCUAAUUUAAAAAAAGGGAUUAAUGAAACUGCAAUAUAACCUCCCUAGGUUUUAGAUUAACAACUUGUAUAUUCUGACAUAAAAUGCAGUUACUAUAUUAUUUACAAUGAUUACAGUACAGAAUGUUAAAAUUCAUUAAGUACAUUUUAUCACAUUAGCCAAAGUCUGAUGCACAAGUUAGACUUCUCUUAAAAUUUUCCUCAGCUGUUAAAAAAAAAAAAAAAACUUACCAGCAAGUUUCAGUAUUUACUGAUGGGUUUCCUUUACAAUUUGUGUAUUAAAAGGGGAAUCGUAUGUAAUGUGCUAUGUUUCUAUGUAGUGAUACUGUAUUGGUCUAGGAAUACAAUUCCAAGUCUAAACAGAUAUGUAUCCUUUGACAAUUAUUUUUCUAAUAUGUAUGUAGCUCAGUGCAAACUUAUUUUUACAAUUUCUGCUACCACUACUUAGUCUUGUCUGAACUUUGGUGCAGCUACUAUAUUGGUGCUGUAGCCAACUGCUACUUUGAGGAACUGAAGAUAUAAAACAAAAAAAAUCCCAACCAAUCUUUGAUUGGUGCUCAGAUUGAUUAGUGCCAGUCUUUAAAAAAUACUGAAACGCUGACCACAGCUCUAUUUGUAAUGGUGCAGGGAUGGUGCUGACAAAGAUGUUGCAUUUUUUUCAUCAUUGUAAACAUUAUUCCUUUGUUUGUGACCAUCUAUAUUAAUUUGUUUAAGAAAUACAAUAAAUUUUAUGGAAUUUUA